CUACUGUCACAUUACAUAAAACUCAACUCAGAUCCUUUUGUCCCGAAAAAGCUUUCCUUCCCAAAAGAGAGAACGGCAAAGAAAAUGGAGAAACCCGUCGUCGAACAGUGGAUGCCGAAGCCAGUGACGGUACCGUUCCGGCCACGGGAGAUAGUACGUGAACCAAUGGAGUUUUUAUCACGUUCCUGGAGUGUUUCAGCUCUAGAAGUUUCAAGAGCUUUAUCAUCUUCAUCGUCAACCCAACCCGUCAGUUCUCAACAAACGUGUUUAAAAGGCUCUUCGAGUGGUAACGGCAUUAUAAAAGAAGACAUUUCCGGCGAGAUUGAAGACAUUGGCUUAGUUUCAAGCAACCCUUUUACUUUUGCUUCUUCUGAAACUUCUCAAAUGGUCAUGGAAAGAAUCAUGUCACAGUCUCAACAAGAAGUAUCUCCAAGAACUUCAGGGAGGCCAUCUCAUAGCAGUGGACCAUUAACUGGUGCUCAAAGCUGUGGUUCAUUAACUGAUAGUCCACCAAUUUCACCUUCAGAGAUUGAUGAUGUUAAGCAAUUUUGCCGCGCUGGUAACUCUGUCAACUCGCAGUUUCGUACAACCUCGGCUGUUCCGGCGACGGUGGCUGUCCCUCCUACGACUUCCGUGGCGGUUGGUGGUGGAAAGACGGUGGGACGAUGGCUGAAGGAUAGGAAAGAGAAGAAAAAGGAAGAAACACGGGCUCAUAACGCUCAGCUACACGCUGCUAUUUCAGUUGCCGGGGUUGCGGCAGCUGUGGCAGCUAUUGUGGCGGGGACGGCAGCUUCGUCGGGUGCCAGGAAAGACGAACAGAUGGCGAAGACAGAACGGGCUGUGGCAUCAGCCGCCACCCUCGUUGCUGCACAGUGCGUCGAGGCGGCUGAAGCCAUAGGAGCCGAACGUGAACAUUUAGCCUCUGUAAUCAGCUCCGCCGUCAAUGUACGGACCGCUGAAGACAUAAUGACCUUAAACGCCGGUGCAGCAACAGCAUUGAGAGGAGCAGCCAUAUUGAAAGCAAGGGCAUUAAAAGAGGUAUGGAACAUAGCAGCUGUUAUCCCUAUGGAAAAAAGCGGUGGCAAUGGCAGCAACGGCAGCUCUAACGGUGGCUUUAGCGGUGAACUUCCCUCUGAAGAGAAUUUCUUAGGGAUUUGCAACAGAGAAUUGCUUGCUAAAGGUUGUGAACUUCUCAAACGCACUAGAAAAGGUGAUCUUCAUUGGAAGAUAGUCUCGGUUUAUAUAAACAGAAUGAACCAGGUUAUGUUGAAGAUGAAGAGUAGACAUGUUGCUGGGACCAUUACAAAAAAGAAAAAGAAUGUUGUGAUAGAAGUGAUUAAAGAUAUGCCGGCAUGGCCCGGUCGUCACUUGCUUGAAGGUGGAGAGAACCGGAGGUACUUUGGGUUGAAAACGGCAAUGCGUGGGGUCGUUGAGUUCGAGUGCAAGAACCAAAGAGAGCAUGAUGUUUGGACUCUGGGUGUGUUAAGGCUGCUCUCCAUAGCUGCUGAGAAGAACAAUAGAUAUAGAAUUUGAUCUUAGGGGGUUGAGUGGGUGGAUCAUUUUGUGACCUAAUUUUGAACUGGAAAGUGUAAAAUGUUUUUGUGAAUAUUUAUUUCAUCCAUAUUGUGAUCUA